UAUAAAUGUGUGGUCGUUGAUUAAACCUGGGUGUCUGUUCUGUCAUUCUCAAGGUCCAGUUUCCCUCUCUAAUAAGCUGCAGGAAUCAUGGGAGCUGUGUUCCUGCCAGCAGAUGCCGCACACUCGGUGCUGCGGAGGCUCCCGAGAGCAAACUUCUUCUUGGAGGAGAUGAAACAAGGGAACAUCCAGCGGGAAUGCAGGGAGGAAAUCUGCAAUUAUGAAGAAGCCAGGGAGGCAUUUGAGAAUGAUGAGAAAACUAGGCGAUUCUGGGAGGAGUACCAGCGUGAGAGCAGCCCUAGGCCUGGAGGCCUUGAGUCCAUCGCUGGUGGCGUUCAUUCCCUGUACCUGAUCUUACCGCUGCUGCUGGUUUUGCUGCUCAUUGCUGCGGUUUCCAUCACAGUUUGGAGAUGUCACUCACGCAAAAGAUCCCAGCAAAGCCCUGCCAUUGGGCGUCCACAAAGAGACACAACCCUAUCUGUGGUGUCAAUGGACCAGUGGGGUCGGGACUACCAUCCUGACAUCAGUCCUCACUCCGAGAUCAGUGCCCACAGUAGCCCCGCCUACCCAGGCGCUGACCUCACACCUGGGCGGGGCAGUCGGGGUGACCCGCCCCCUUCAUAUGAGGAAGCUGUGGGCCAUACAGAUAUACAGAUUGAAGCAGAGCCUCCACCACAAUAUGAAGACAUCAUCAGUAACCACGGUAGCACGGUUGUCAUCUCCCAGGGAAAGUGAUGCAUCUUCCAGGCACCAAUACUGUAUAUUUUUUUACA